GUGGUAUCAUCUUUCUAGCAGCUUUUGCCUCAUUCCCCUAAUAAUUAUCGGACACGAACAAGAUUCAUAGCAGCCCGAAACACUUUUGUCCGCUUAAAUCCUUUACUGUGAAGGUUAUUCGUUUACACUAUCCGUACAACAUAAUGCCACUUUUCCAGUACCUCCCGCUAACGUCUCAUGACACAAUCCGCAUCUUGCUCUUAGAGCCGGGCUUUAGCAACGAUCCCAUUAAGUGCACAACUAGAGAAGUUACACUCACUAGUGCUGCUGGUCAAUACGAGGCGGUUUCCUAUGCCUGGGGAGAGCAGGUUCCCACUAUAAAUAUUACAUGCGACCAGCAAGAGCUCUUCGUUACCGCGAUCGUCGAAUCCCUGUUGCGCAGAUUUCGGUUUGAGGAGAAAUCAAGGUCCAUCUGGUUGGAUUCAAUAUGUAUAAAUCAAAAGGAUAAAGCCGAGAAAAGCCAUCAAGUGAAAAGAAUGGGGGAUGUGUUUCGAGAUGCGAAGCGUGUAUUAUGCUGGCUAGGAAACGAUAAUGAAAGCAUAGCGGAGAAAUGCUUCAGCCUUGUCUCCAGAGCCAUGCAAAGGUUGAAGGAAGAGUGGCAGGAGGGUUGGGGGUUGGAUAAUCUCACAUCUGACGUAAAGUUAACGGGUCUGGAAAACAAUAAAGAUUGGGACAAAGUAGGGCGUUUGCUCGAUCUUACUUGGUUCAAGCGAGUGUGGGUAGUACAAGAAUCUGGGCUCGCUCGCGAAUGUAAUCUCUACUGGGGCAGGUACGAGAUACCGUUAUACAAAGUUUUAGAAGUGGUGUGCUGGCUUAAGUUCUCAAAAUACGCACCAAUCCUAAAAGAGGCCAACACAGCCGUCGCACCGGUCCUUACUGUAUUCACCAAUAUCAUGUGCACCUACUGCAAUAAACCCACAUGGAGAGACAUGACACUCUCCGCGAAGGUCGUCGAAGAAGUUCUUCCUCUCAAGAGAAAACGUUAUGUCGAUUUGCUUUUCAGCGCAAGAUCUCUUCAGGCCACGGACCAGCGGGACAUCGUUUAUUCGUCCCUUGGUAGCCCCUUGGCAUACUAUGAGGAUGGCAAGCCCAUGGUAGACCCAGACUACAACGAGCCACUUUCUUCGCUUCAAUCCAAAACAGCCAUCGCGUUGCUUCGAAAUCCAAGAGAAGCACCCUAUGUACUUCUAUUCGUCACACAUGAUUCCAAAGCAGACGUCGAGGACGACGACGUGCCGAGUUGGGCACCGAGGUGGAAGACGUUUGGCAAAUCCAGCGCUUGUCCCAUCCCACUCACAAAGAAUCAUGAGUAUCAUCAGAUGCCAUACCGCGCUAGUGGUUGCUCCGCUACAUUUGAAUAUCUGAUCCUACCUGGAGGCAUCCUCACCGUGAUGGGUUGGCGGUUUGACAUUCUCAACUGGACGUCAUCUCGCUUAAAGCCCGCCCAUCUUCGAAGUAACAUCGACAAAUGGGACCCGCACUUCCGCGACAGCAAAACCCCACCUAUCGAACAUGAAUCGCUCCGUCUUCUUCAACACGAUUCAUCCUGGCGCCCAGGAGAGAUACUAGAAUUGUUGAGUUUUACUUUGGCAGGAGGGCGACCUGAGUCGAGGGAUCAUGUAGACGACUUCUCGGCUUAUUGCAAAUCCGUUCGAGAUAAAGUUGGUACUCGAAGGAUCUCUCCCUUCCCGCUUCCAUCUUCAAGCAAAGGGGACGCUCAGGUAGCCGAACGCGCUAUGAGAAGAGCUGGAGAUCGGCGCCUUGCUUUAACAGCCCAGAGACGAAUGGCUCUAGUUCCUCUUGUCGCUGAAGCAGGUGACAUAUGUUGUAUCGUUCAAGGCAUGAAUAUUCCCCUGGUGCUCCGAGAGAUAUCUACAGGAAUGUACCGAUGCAUUGGGGAACUAUAUUGCUCUGGAGUUAUGGAAGGCGAGCUAUUAGAACAGCAUGGCUCCGAAGCUCCUCCCUGGGAGCAAAUUCGACUACGAUGA